GAAAGAUAUUUCCGUCGGCAUUCCUCCGUGGUUCCCGUUGGGUUGGGAACAGAUCGUCAGCAACGCAUGCAAUGUUGGACUCCAGAGGGUCCUGCAGUUGCGGCAAAUCCUUCGCUUUUGUUCUCUCGUUGCGUGAUUUGUCCUGGCUCAACAUCGGACAAGUACAUUUUAGAACAGAUUAAUCCUCCUUCAAGGGAUGUAUUUGAGGUGGAUCCUUCCUCUGUUUUUAAUGCAAAUUCAGAAGAAGAUGAGCUCGCAAUGCCCGAUAUUGGAAUGUUGUCUCACAAGAAUGUGGCCUGUGUCCUAUCCAUGCUGAAGACUCGCUAUCAAGCAAGAAAGAUAUAUACCUUGGCGGAACCUUUGUUGGUAGCGAUCAAUCCCUUUGAAGACCUUGGAAAUACAACUCAGAAAUGGAUAGACUACUAUAGAACAGCGCCGAACUGCUUGGAGACUGAGCCACACGUUUUCAGGACUGCAAGGCAAGCGCUUUCUAAUAUGGAGGAAUACAACAGGAGCCAGACUAUUGUUGUUUCAGGAGAGUCUGGAGCUGGCAAAACUGAGGCUACUAAGCAAGUCAUGCGAUAUUUCGCGGCUUGUAGCACUGGGGACAACCGCAUUCAGGAAGCGAUCAUGGCCGGCAAUCCCCUUCUUGAGGCAUUUGGAAACGCGAAGACCAUUAGAAAUAACAAUUCAAGCCGGUUUGGUAGAUUUAUGCAGCUUUCUAUCUCCAGCUCUGAGGGCAUCAUGCACGGUGCCAUUUCAAACUUUCUGCUGGAGAAAGUGCGCCUCGUAUCGCAGGAACCAAAUGAACGGUCAUUCCAUAUUUUCUAUCAGCUUCUUAAAGGUGCUGAUGCAGGUAUGCGCCAACAGUACCACUUAAGAAACUUGGAAGAUUACGCGUUCUUGACAGCAAGAAGCGGCGGUUGCUUCGAUAUUCCUGGCGUGGAUGACCGAGAGGAUUUUCAAGAACUAAGGCAGUCAUUCGCUUCCAUGGGGCUUUCCCAAGAAGACGAAUCCACUGUUUUUUCCAUAUUGUCUGGGUGUUUACUUAUUGGAAACGCAAAGGUUACAUCGCACGAAAUGCAAGGAGUCCCAGACGCAGCGUUUGUUUCGGCAGAAUCGCUGGCGGCCAUCAAGGAGGCUGCCGAUCUUCUGUUCGUGAACUCGAGUGCCUUGGUCGAGCACAUUUUACAGAAACAAACAAAAAUCGGAAACCAAGUGCUUCAGGGCCCUCGCACAUUUAGAGAGGCCGACAUGAUGAUCAAGUCUGUCGCGAAGCACGUUUACGACCAGCUGUUUGCCUGGUUAGUUCGCUUCUUGAAUAAAGCUAUAGCUCCUGAUGGCGAGUUCGGAGUCUUUAUGGGAAUGUUGGACAUUUUUGGCUUCGAGGUAUUUGAGCAGAACUCAUUGGAGCAACUGCUUAUUAACAUCACCAAUGAGCACCUCCAGAAACAUUUCAUUGACAUAGUGUUUGAAAUUGAGACAAAACUUUAUCAAAGUGAAGGCGUUCCAACGGAGGCGCUUGUCUGGACAGAUAACGUCCGGAUAAUGGAGACGCUCUGUGGAAGCAGAGAUUCGGUUUUUGCCAUUAUUGAAGAUACCUGCCUUGGGCUUCGCGCCACUGAUGAGGCUCUUUGCAGCAUGAUUGUUCGUAAAUUAGCAAACAGAGGCAUCGUUCUGCCUUCGAGGAAAGACCAGCGGAUGAAAUUCGUAGUUCGGCACACGAUUGCGGACAUCGAAUAUUCUUGUGACGGUUUCCUAGAGAAGAACCAAGAUUUUUUGAAACGGGAAUUGCUAGACACCUUGAAGGCGUCACAUAAUCCAAUCAUGGCUCAAAUGUUUGAAGGGGUUAUAGUAGAAGCAGGAAAAAUAGGAAAAGGGUCUCUUAUUGCAUCUCAGUUCCUGCGGUCUCUUAACUCGAUGAUCGGCAUUAUACGGGAAACGGAGCCCCAUUUCAUUCGUUGUUUGAAGCCCAAUGAGACGAAACGGCCAUUGGAAUGGGACGCCCCAAAGGUGCUGAAUCAGUUAUUUUCGCUUUCGAUCUUGGAAGCGCUGCAGCUACGGCAAGUCGGAUAUUCAUACAGGAGGCGCUUCGACGAAUUUGUCAAGCGGUUCCGCUGGUUGGACCUCGGGGCGGCUAAAUCGGAUGCCGACAGAAGAGAUGUUGCGGAGAAGAUUUUGGAAGAAUGCGGUCUUUCACGAGAAGGAUGGGUGAUCGGGAAGACCAUGGUAUUCUUGAAAGCAGAAACUGCUCGAGCACUCGAAAUCUUGCAAAUCGAAAAGAUGGUAUCGUUUCGCCCGAUUGUGGAUUUUGUGCAAUCCGCAUGGAAACGCAUUCUCUUGAAGAGAAAUCUACAGGCCAUAAUGCCGCUUCUCAUUAGGGCAGAGUCCCACUGUCGGCGGCAUCUAGCUGUACGUGAGCACGGGGAGCUCGAUCUAAGCCCUGGUUUUACUGAAGCGUUGUUGCAGGGGAUCGACAGUGUUCAGCAGCUUAAAGAUGAACGGCAGCGGCAGAGGGAGGCGCAACUACAGCAGCAGCAAGAGAAGCGCCCAAGCAAGAAACUGACUAAGGAAGAGCGGCUUGCACAGAAGGUCUUACAAAUGUACAAAUCAUGGGACAGCAUGAGGGGUGUUCAAAUGACUCAUGGUGGCUUCUUUCCUUCAGAACUGGACUAUAUGAAACAAAAACAGAGCAGACCCUCCACAGAAGGACACCUCAGAGAAACUGCUCUUUCCCACGUAUCUCCCCAGGAUUCGUUCCAGGAUCCUGGGAUCUCUUACCAUAUUUGGCGAAAUAUUGAGUCGCUGUACCAAGCUCCGUUAACCGAUCAUCGGCUUCAAAACAUUUGCACAUGUGUGCGAGAUGAUAUGGACAGGCUUUAUGGGCACUUUUGGCAAGUGUUAGUGAACAGGACCGACAGAUUUGGACUCGCAACGGCACACGUAAAAGGAAAGAGAUACCUGGCUAAACAGCAUGGGGUGUGCAAAGACGGCAGAGUCUUCAGCUUCAACAAUAUUAUUUUCACAUGCACAAAGCCUUCACGAAAAGAAAUAAGACUGCACGAAGAGGCAGCAGAGAAGUCGUACCUCUGUUGCAGGAAGCAAGAUUUCUCUGGUUUGGUUCGCGCUAGGAAAAGCUUAGUGCCUCCUUACAUGCUUCAAGAUGUCUCAUACGUAAUCGGCUAUCUGUUCCAUCGAUUUAGGGACAGAAAAGAUUGGACGGGAUUUGCAGAGAGGCUUCAGUCUUAUCUCCUGGGUCGUUAUUCGGAUCCUCACGGAGGCUCGUGGAAUGUCUUGGUACAGGAAGGAUCAUUCUUGGUGACUCGUUUGUGGGCUAAACACAACCGAUUUUUCAGAGUAGAAGUGGAGGAUCCACAGGAGGAAGACAUCGACAGCUCCAGGAGGUGCUGCAUCACGGUUAUGUGCUUUGAAGCUUGCACUGUAUCUCAAUCGUAA